GGAGAGGACGACAGACAGAAAGACAGACAGACAGACGAACGAACGGCUGGAAUGUUUUCAAAAGCGGCGAUGAGGCCGUAGGCGACGGUUACCGUCCGUUCCCACCGUUAAUGUUCCAGAAUCUUCUCGCAGGACACGCAGUUUAAAGGUGCAUGAUGAACCGGCUGUGCUGUAGUCGUCUAAGCUAGUCAGGUGUCGCACCAUGGCCAAACCUGGGAGCGACCGAGAUGGAGCCAUGGUGGAUAAGCAGGCGGGGAAGAAGAGCAAAGACAAGUUGUCCCCUUUCACCAAAACUCCGAAGUUGGACCGGAGUGAGUUGCUGGGGAAGGAAGGGAAAGCCAAGUCUUCCAUGAAGCGCAAGCUCUCCUUCACUUCUAGUCCGCCCCGGACGGAGGAGCGGGACUCAGACACUGAUGACUCAGACCCAGGCCAGUCCAGUGAGACCUGGGGAGAGAGAUUAGUGCCUCCCUGCAGGAUAUACGCAGAUAAAGAUGGACCAGAUAAGAAGAAGGUGAAGAAGGAGGCUGGGAGCAGGAAGUCCCAGGCGUCUAACCUUUUGUUCGGAUAUCCAUUGUCGGAGCGAAAACAAAUGGCCCUCCUCAUGCAGAUGACUGCCAACAGUCCAGACUCCACACCAAGUCACCCGUCACAAACCACCCCUGUGCAGAAGAAGGUCCCCAGCAGCGCCUCGUCUCGACAGAAAGACAAAGUCAACAAGAGGAACGAGCGCGGGGAGACUCCCCUUCACAUGGCAGCGAUCCGGGGGGAUGCUAAACAAGUCAAAGAGCUCAUUAGUCUGGGAGCCGAUGUCAACGUCAAAGACUUUGCAGGUUGGACUCCUCUUCACGAAGCCUGUAAUCUUGGCUACUACGACGUGGCCAAGGUUUUGAUAUCAGCAGGAGCGGAGGUGAACACGCAGGGUCUGGACGAUGACACGCCGCUCCAUGACGCGUCCAGCAGCGGUCACAAAGAUAUUGUGAAACUUCUGCUCCGUCACGGUGGUGACGCCUUCCAAGCUAAUAAACGGGGCGAGCGGCCGGUGGAUGUAGCCGACUCGGAGGAGCUGGAGCUGCUGUUGAAAGGACAGACGUCGCUGUCGGACCAGGACGACAGCUCCUCGGAAUCUGAAGACCCUCCAUCUGUGAAUCCCUCCAGCGUGGACGAUAACAUGGAGGACUCCGAUACCGAGAAGGACUCCGAUGGCAAGCCGACAACGAAGGCAUCGUCCGCCGUGCCAGGGCUGGACGAGUACGAGUUUAAGGACGACGAAGAGGAGGAGGAUCUCAGCAAAGCCCUGAACGACCGGCACAUCCUCAGGAGGGAGCUGCGGCAGCGGGAGAAGGAGGACAAAGAUAGGAAUCACGUGGCGGGGAAGCAGAGCAACAAGGCGGAUUCUUCCAAGUCCAAAAAGCAGAAGACGUCUCGCGUCCACUGCAGCUCGGACACCUCCAGUGACGAAAUGGAGAGUCUGCCGGAAAAAAGGAACUCGCCCACCUGCUCUCAGAGCUCAGAAAGCCACAAGCCAGACACGAGAUCAAAAAAAGACAAUGGCGAACAAAAGGACAAGGGUAAAGUGAAGAGGAAGAGCAAAAUUCAAAAUAAAAAUAAGGAAAACCAAGAGGACGGGAAGGAGAACAGCAAAACGUUGGUCCUGUCUCUCGCAGCCGUGUCGGAGAGCACCGAAAAGGGUCGGGAGGAGGACUCUUUCAAGAUGUCUUUCAGUCCUAAAGACGACUCGUCCGUCCACCUCUUCCACUUAUCAUCCAUCAAAUCUCCCAAACUGAACCACAGCUUGGCAGAUAAACAAACGCCACUCAAACAGGAAAAUACUAAGAUGUGCGUUUCCAUCAGCGACAGCUCCUGUCUGGUGGACGGUGUCAAAUAUAACCACUACACGGACACGGACUACUGCACCGAAGGCUCCAGCACUAAAGGAUGCAAGCACAAGGAAAAGAGUAAGCAUCAACAGAAAGAGCCCGGCGCCGACGGAGACGACGGUCACAUGAGCCCCUACAAGGACGGCAGCAUAGGAAACAGUAUCGACAGUAGCGAAGGUGCCUUACGGAAGACGGAUCUAGAGGGCAAAGUAGUGAAGAAGCAUAAGCUCAAACACAAAGAGAAGGACAAACACAGGCGGGAGUACGAGGCCGAGCGCAGCCGCCACAAGCAGAAGGAAGCCAGGAAAGACGGCCACAGGAAUUUGGAGUUCGACCGAGAGUUCUGGAAAGAAAAUUUUUUCAAAAGUGACGAGACGGACGAACCUCCGGGGGGGAAAAAGGAAGGUGAAGACAACAACAACACGCUUCAAAAGACGGCCGAUUCUCCUCCGGUCAAAGAUGAGAGAAACGCAAAGGAGAAGCACUCGAGCAGCAAGGAGAAGAGGCCGCGAGAGGAGCGGGACAAAGACAAGGCCGUGAAGAAGGAGCGGAAGGAGGCCGCCGUUAAAGAGGAGAAGGUGAAGGACUCGAAGCCGAGCGAGCGGGACGAGAGGGCGGACUGUCACGGCUCGGGGAGGAUUCCUGAAGAGUCUCCGCAGAGCAACAGCGUUAAAGAGGAGUCGGAGGAAAAAGCCGUGAGUGGGAUCACAGCUGAUCAGGACCAGCUGGAGCCGUCUGAGAAAGCCUCACGUGAGAAACCGGACAAGAGGCUUCCAGGAAAGGAGAAGGACUCUGACAAAAUGGAGAAAAGGCAUCCCGACAAGGAGAAAAAGUGUAAAACGGAGCACUCAAACGACAAAGCUGAGCCGCAGAACUCAGUGGAACGCUGGAAAGAGAAAGAGAGAGCCGGAGCCAUUUCUUCUCUCUCACCCGGAGAUAAAAGCUACAGAGAGAAUGAGAAACUGAAAUCCUUACCCACAACCAAAAAGCACGAGGACGGCAGGAAAAACAAGGACAAGUUCGACAAACGUUCUGAUCGGGAGAAACAGGAUAGAGAGUACGGAUCUGGAGAUCACAAAGAAAAGGAUCGGCCUAACACGGAGAGGAGGGGAAAACCUCUGGAGAAGGCCAGCGAUCACAGCAAAUCAGAUCGCUCAAAAGAAAAGGACUGUGACAGGAAAAAGAGAGAUAAGAUCAAAGACGGAGCGCUUUCCUCAAGCUCCAAUUUGAAAUUAAUUUUAGAAGAAAAGAAGAGCUACCUGACUGAGAGCAGCAAGGUCUUAUCCACCAAAUCAAAGGAGGAAGUCGUGAGAACACCGGAGAAGGAGCGCGACCGGCGAGACCGUGACAGAGACUCGGACCGGCACAAGGAGAAGGACCGGCACAAAGACCGCUCGCAGCCGACGAAGCUCAGCAAGGCCAAACCCAACGACUCGGACGCGGACAAGGCCAAGUCCAAAGCUCCCGCCGCUGCACGGGACACGAAGCCAAAAGAGAAGAGGCUGGUCAACGACGACCUCAUGCAGACCAGCUUCGAGAGAAUGCUCAGCAUGAAGGACCAAGAGAUCGAGCUGUGGCACAGGAAGCACAUGGAAAAGAUCAAGCAGAAAGAGCGGGAACGGCUGAAGCAGCGGCCUCUGGCCGACGCGGGGAAGUCCAAAGUUAAAGACAGAACAAAACUGGAGCCGUGUUUGAGCAAGGAGCUGAUCCGCUCCAAGAGCUCGGAAGCGUCCGACGUCCACUGCAGAGAGAAGCCGCUGAAGGACGGCGCCAGCCCCAGAACGAUGUCUCUGGACGGGAAGAGUCUGCCCGCGCUCAGCGCUAAAGUCAUGUCGGCCGUGGAGAACUGCCUGAGCCGGUCGCCGCGGCCGGACGGAGACCGCUGCGGCCUCAUGUCCAGAUCCGUGUCGCUGGUCUCCGUCGCCAGCUCCGAGGACUCGUGCCAGGCCGCGACGCUGACCCCCAGGAUCGCCGAGUACGACUCCGACAUGAACCUGGAAGCCUCCGACUCCCAGCCCGCCUUCCUCCAGUCUUCCCUCGUCAUCCAAGCCGCCAGGUCGCCGUCGGUCCACGACAAAGACUCCAACAGUCUUCCAGACGUUCUCCAAAGCAGCCGGACGCUGCUGCUGCCGGGCCGACAUGAAACUCCGUACCUCAGGGCCAUCCUCGACGAGGACGCCAACGCCUCCGCCGAAAGCAAAGGAGCGGAAAAUCCACUCGGCUCUGGCCCGACCCCAACCCCGACCCCGGCCGCCGCUGGAGAGGAGCCGGGGACGAAAGAGACUCCUGAAACCGAGGAGAAUCUCGGCAGUCAACAGUGUUCAAACUCGGCUGCCGAGCCGGUUACAGAGAGGGAAGGAAGCACGGCUGGACUGGUGACGACGCAACCGUUAAACAGAGAUCUUCCAAGUAAAAACCUGCCGCUUCAGCAGCAGCAGCAGCCGCCCAGCAUCCCUCAGUCGGGGGCAGCAGAGCAGAAUCCUCCUCCCUCGUCCGACGCGGCUGCUGUUAAAGACGUCCCGUGUCUGACGGAGAGCCUUCAGUCGGAGUGCAAUAAGAAAGAUUCUGAUCCACCGUUAACGUGUCCAGCGUCUCCAGCUGCUGAGCCUCCAUCGCUCUCAAACACAAGAGAACCGACGUCCUCUGCGCCCGAAAUCCAGCAGCAGCAGCAGCAGCAACAGCAGCAGCAGCAGCAGCGGCCCGAAUCAGACCCCACGCCGGUUUCUGAGCAAAAAGACAAACCUGUGGAGUCUCCUGAGAGACCGGAGCAAGGAAACGCAGAAAAGGGGUCAGAAAACUUGAGGACAGAAGCGGUAGCAAGUCCAGCGCCGUCCACCAGCGCUGCUGCUGCGGUGGUGGAGUCCAGUCCUCCAGAUCUCUGCAAAGCUCCGUUCAAAGCUUCUCAGGAGGACGCUGUCCUAAAUAUUCCAGAUGGCAAACAAUCAAGACCUUCCAGUGACGAUGCUGACCCGGUUCCUGAUGCCCCGAUGGACGUCCUGCCCUGUUUCAGCCCCGAACACAAGACGGACGAGGUGCCCGACCUCCCGCAGGGUUCAGAGAGCGCUGGCGCUGCCGGUUCUCCGAUAACAGACGUGGUUCCGGUGGAAAGUGGGCCGAGUAUGGAGGAGCCCCCCGAGUGUAAAGAGGAGCUCCACUCGGAGCUGAUGGAGGUCUCACCGGCCGACGAGAGGCCGGAGUCGUCGUCGGCCGGAGAAGAGCAGAGUCAGAGCUCCGUCCAGCCGUCCCAGACCGACAGCAGCAACGCCUCGGGCAGCUCCUCCCCGCAGUCCGGAGACCAGGACUCGGAUUCCUCGGGGACGAGGCUCAAGCUCCGCCCGGCAGACGAGGACGCGGACGUCCACGUGCCCCACCCGCGCAAGAGGAAGAUGCCCAAGCUGUCGGCCCCCCAGAUGUGGUCGGCCUCGCAGCAGGAGAAGGAGAAGGGCCAGCAGUCCCUGGCGGCCAUCGUGGACUCGGUGAAGCUGGAGGAGAUCGAGCCGUACCAGACGGAGAGAGCCAACCCGUACUACGAGUUCCUGCACAUCCGCAAGAAGAUCGAGGAGAAGCGCAAAGUGCUGUGCAGCGUCACGCCCCAACCGCCGCAGUAUUACGACGAAUAUGUGACCUUCAAUGGAUCCUACCUCCUCGACGGGAACCCGCUCAGCAAACUCUGCAUACCAACGAUAACUCCACCUCCGUCGUUACCCGAGCAGCUGAAAGAGAUGUUUAAACAGCAGGAAGUUGUCCGGAUGAAACUCCGCCUGCAGCACAGCAUCGAGAGGGAAAAGCUGAUCGUUUCCAACGAGCAGGAGGUCUUACGAGUCCACUACCGGGCAGCGAGAACACUAGCCAAUCAGACGUUGCCGUUCAGUGCCUGUACCGUCUUACUGGACGCAGAAGUGUACAACAUGCCUCAAGAUGUCCAGAAUGAUGAUGGCAAAACAUCUGUGCGAGAUCGUUUCAACGCCAGGCAGUUCAUGUCCUGGUUACAGGACGUCGACGACAAGUUCGACAAACUGAAGACGUGUCUCCUGAUGCGGCAGCAGCACGAGGCGGCGGCGCUCAACGCCGUGCAGCGUCUGGAGUGGCAGCUGAAGCUGCAGGAGCUGGACCCGGCCACCUACAAGUCCACCAGCAUCUUCGAGAUCCCGGAGUUCUACAUCCCGCUCGUGGAGGUCAACGACGACUUCGACCUCACCCCGAUAUGAGCCGAAGGACACGCGUGUCGCCGCCGCCGUGGCGGCAGCAACGUUUCCGACGCCGACAGCAGCCCACUCCAGGAAAACGGGAGGGAAAAGGAGAAAAUGUGAAGCACUUAGACUGAGGCCCUAACAAAUGAAAGAGAGCACUUAAGCGGUUGAUUUUGACCCCAGAGCUCUUGCUGUCCUGUCCAGCGAGACCAGGGGGACGAGGACGGACCAGGGAAGGGGGUCCGGCCCACACGUGAAGCCCAGGGAGCGGAGACCCAGCGCCGGGCCGGGGGGGCGGAGCACCUGCCGCCGCCGCGCAGCGAGCAGGUCACAACGGAAAGAUUUCAAUUGUUGUCAAAGUGAGUGUUCAUACUUUGUGUACAGACUGUGCUCUUAAUUUUUUAACUUAUUUUAUACAUAAAAAAAAUUGUGCAUUUGUAUAUAGUCAUGUAAUUAUUGUUUUAAACUUGUAAAAACAAAAAGUAAUAGAUAUUUUGAUUGUAAACUUGUUCUGUCUGUUUUAAUGGACCAAAGUUGUUCUUUUUAUAUCGAGUGUCCUCUUCGUCUGUGACGUUCUCGUUGUUGUUGGCUUAAACUCUUAAGCAUGUGUUGACUUUUGUUGUUUUAUUUAAACUGUUUCUUCCCUCCUCAUCUGGAGCUCCACGUACCACAGCUGGUGUUUUUUGAAUUUGGCAAUUAAAUGCUGUGCAUGCGUUGCAAUGUUUGUACUUUUUUCCCCCUAAAAAGCUCUUCUGUGGACUUUAAAUAUGAGGUUUACUAAAAGUGUUGCAGCUUUUUUGUUUUCUUCUUCUUCUGACAUUGUGUUACGUCUCUUUUGCGGCCUCACUCCUCAUGUGUCGUCCUUUUGUGUCUUGCGCACAUUAAAGUCUGUUGUGGCUUCCAAGGAGAGAAAGAAAAACUUUUACAGUUUCAGUGUGAGAUCACAACAAAUCCUAUUUUUUCAACAUAAUGCCUUUUGAACGAUAGUUCUAAAAAAAUGUCUAUUUUAAUAUUUACUUGUUACAUGACUUGUACAUAUUUGUAAUAUAUAAU